AUGAGUCCACACCUUGUACUAGCAGAUAUUCAAAAGGCAUUCCUUCGGGUGGGCCUGAAGGAGGAGGACAGAGAUGCCUUCAGGUUUCUUUUCAACAUUAACAACCAUGAACAACACUUCAGAUUUGCCCGAAUUCCCUUUGGUGCAGAAGCCAGUCCGUUCAUGCUAGGAGCUACAAUAAACUACCACCUUGACCACCAACCCGAUACCCUAGAGACCACCGUUCAAGCGCUACGACAGAACACAUACGUGGAUAACCUCAUGAAGAUCUCAGACGACAUCGAAGAACUGAGCAAGUUCAAAGAAGAAGCAACCCACAUCUUUGAAUCGGCACAAUUCCCCAUUCACAAAUGGGAAUCAAACGUACUGGAGUUAGACACUGAACCCAAUCCAAGCAAGAUACUUGGACACAUCUGGGACAAGCGUGAAGACUCGCUUGAGAUCAAGGUUGAUGCAAGUUCAACGGAGGGUAGUCCUGUGACAAAGCGUACUAUUCUAAGAAAACUCAGUGGCGUGUACGAUCCACUAGGGAUAAUGUUUCCAACCAUGGUAGAGGGGAAGCGUAUUUAUCGGGAAGCUUAUGACGAGAAGGUUGGCUGGAACGCGGAAGUCAGUGACGUAUUGAAAAAAGAUUGGGUACGGUGGACUAGCCAACUGAGAAACGUGAGAGUACCAAGAAGCAUAGCAAGAGACAUACGUAAGAUUAAUAAAGUACACCUGCAUGUGUUCGCUGAUGCUAGUAAUGUUGCAUGUUCCGCCGCAACAAUAGCAGUGAUUGAACAUUCAAGCGGAGUGAUCAAGGGGCUACUGACGUCGAAGAGUAGAAUAUCGAAGCGCAACACGACAAUGGCGAGGUUGGAGUCGGUCAGUGAGCAUAUGGCCACAAAUAUGGUAAAGAACAUUCUUUCUGCCCUGAAGCUGUGGCCCAUUGCAUCUGUUACUGUUUGGAUGGACAGUAUGGUGGCGCUGUACUGGAUCUGCAAUCCAGGGAAAUCAUGGAAAGUGUUUGUGAGCAACCGUGUGAGAAAGAUCGCAGAAAUCACUCACGAGACCGGAAUAAUCUGGAAACACUGUCCAACAGAUAAGAAUUUAGCAGAUCUCGGAAGUCGAGGAGCAAGCUUAGACAAGAUGGAAAGGAAACUGGUUCUCAGGACCAGACUGGUUACUUGACGAGAGAGAGUGGCCAACACAACCGAAGCUUGUGACAACAAAAAGAGUAAGCGAAGAAUUCAAGCCUACAGUAGCGGAGGCACUGUUUACCGUGAAGCGAGAACCGGACGAGUGGGAUGCCCUAUUUGAGAAGUGCUCCUACUGGAAGACCCUACGAGUGACAGCAUGGGUUCUAAGGUUCAAGCACAAUGCCCUGGCCAAGAACCGAAAGACGAAGAAGAAGAGUGGUCCACUUACCACCGAAGAGAUCGCCAGCGCAGAGGAUUGUUGGGUCCGAAGAGUGCAAGUGGACGUUGAAUCCGAUCUUGAGACACCAGGGUGGAAACUAGCAAGGGACGAAGACACAGGCAUCCUCAAGUGCAAGGGGAGGAUCCAUGGUUAUGAGCCUGUUUUCAUCCCAAACGGACACUUUGCAGAGAAAUUAAUCCGUCAUGCUCAUCAGCAAGUCAAUCACCUUGGCAUCGCAAAUACGAUGUCUGCAGUCAGAGAAAAGUGGUGGAUACCUAGAUUGAGAUCGAAAUUAGUGAAGAAAGUGAUCAACCGUUGCAACCGAUGUAAAGUAUUUAGAGCCAAACCGUAUGGGGCGACAGCAGAUUUACCGAGAUUUCGCACAGAAUGCAGCAGACCAUUCGAGACGACAGGGAUCGAUUUCGCGGGACCUUUGAGGUACAAGUUAUCGAAGCGAGACGAAGGCAAAUGCUAUAUUAUCAUCUUUACGUGUGCAACAUCCAGAGCCGUUCACCUCGAAGUCACGGAAUCCCAAACGGCGGAGGAGUCCCAACGAAAGCUGAACGCGUUUGUGACGCGACGCACGAGGCCGAAACGCAUUGUAUCAGAUAACGCGUCCGUGUUCAAGUCUACCGCCACUUGGAUCAGGAAGAUACGGAAAAGCGAAUCCCUUCAAGACCACCUUGCGAAAUUAGAGAUAAGAUGGCAGUUUAACCUCUCGAGAUCUCCCUGGUGGGGAGGCAUGUAUGAACGACUGAUCAAGGAAAUAAAGAAAACCCUAUACAAGACGAUGGGAAGAUCACAUUUGCGUUACGAGCAAAUGGAAUCAGUAGUUAUGGAUAUUGAGAGACACCUAAAUAACUGCCCACUAUAAACAUACGUGGAGAGUGACAACGGCGAGGAGCAAGUAUUAACACCCAAUGUGAUUAUGUGGGGCCAGAAUUCCCAUACUAUAGAAGAUAUUGAGAUCGAAGGUGAUGAAGUCAGCAAGCUUCACGCGAGACUGAUGUUGAAACGACAACAGGUAUGGCAACGAUGGAAGAAAGAGUAUGUCCACAGCCUUAUGGAGAGCCACAGAGUACACAGAGGAGUCGGUAGGGUUCCUGAAGUCGGAGAGAUCGUACUGCUGGUCGGCGACGAGAAGAAUAGGGGUGAGUGGACGAAAGGGAAGGUUGAGCGGCACAUCCAAGGCAAGGACGGUGUAGUGAGGGGCGUGACACUCCUCCACAAGGGUCACUAUAUUCAGAGGCCCUUAACGCUGAUAUGCCCGUUGGAAAUUAAGGCUGUCGAAGCAGUUCAACCCGAGCAAAGACAAAAAGAAACGCAACAACUGCGACCGAGAAGUACUCGAAAGGCGGCGGAGACAGCUCGUGAACGGAUACGUCUAACUGCUGAUGCUGAUUAG